GCGCGUGAGCCCGGCUGCCCGAAGCUUCCCUGCCCGCGGCCCGGGGCGCGCCCCUUCUCUCCGGCGCGGGGCGGGCCCGUCCCCUCCCCCGCCGCCGCCGCCGCGCUGGGAGCCCCCACUCCGAGUCGCCGUCCUCCUCGCUCGCUCGGUGCCUCCCCGCGGGCCACUCUCCUGCCCUGACGAUGGCGCGUGGCGGCCGCGACCGCCUCCUGGGGUUCGCCCUGGGGCUGCUGCUGGCGCUGGCGCUGGCGCCCCAGGCGCUGCGGGCCAAGCCCACUGUGCGCAAGGAGCGCGUGGUGCGGCCCGACUCGGAGCUGGGCGAGCGGCCGCCCGAAGACAACCAGAGCUUCCAGUACGACCACGAGGCCUUCCUGGGCAAAGAGGACUCCAAGACCUUCGACCAGCUCACCUCGGAGGAGAGCAAGGAGAGGCUGGGGAAGAUUGUUGAUCGGAUUGACAGUGAUGGGGACAGCUUUGUGACCACUGAGGAGCUGAAAACCUGGAUCAAACGAGUGCAGAAAAGAUACAUCUAUGAUAAUGUUGCCAAAGUCUGGAAGGAUUAUGAUCGGGACAAAGACGAUAAGAUUUCCUGGGAAGAAUACAAACAAGCCACCUAUGGUUACUACCUAGGAAACCCCGCAGAGUUUCAGGAUACUUCAGAUCAUCACACCUUUAAAAAGAUGCUGCCACGGGAUGAGAGAAGGUUCAAGGCCGCAGACCUCGACGGUGACCAGACAGCUACUCGGGAGGAGUUCACCGCCUUUCUGCACCCCGAGGAGUUUGAGCAUAUGAAGGAAAUUGUGGUUUUGGAAACCCUGGAGGACAUUGACAAGAAUGGGGAUGGGUUUGUGGAUCAAGAUGAGUAUAUUGCGGAUAUGUUCUCCCACGAGGAGAACGGCCCCGAGCCAGACUGGGUUCUGUCGGAACGGGAGCAGUUUAAUGAGUUCCGGGAUCUGAACAAGGACGGGAAGUUGGACAAAGAUGAGAUUCGCCACUGGAUCCUCCCUCAGGACUACGACCAUGCUCAGGCCGAGGCCAGGCACCUGGUGUACGAGUCAGACAAAGACAAGGAUGAAAAGCUAACUAAGGAGGAGAUAUUGGAGAACUGGAACAUGUUCGUCGGGAGCCAGGCUACCAAUUACGGGGAAGAUCUCACAAAAAACCACGAUGAACUUUGAUACCUCCUCCCCAUGGUGCAUACAGCAGACUGUCACAGGCUUUCUCUCAUUGUCUUAGAGGGUUUGCUACAGUUGUCUCGCUUACAGCAGUUGGGGACCCCCAAAAAGUAAGUUUCUGACCGAUUGGGGUUAAAAUGAUUUUUCACUCACUGUUUCCUGGAAAAUAGUCAUCGCACUCGUUUCAGUAAGACUUCUCCGCAAACACAUUAAAAUCUUGGUCAGUCGCGACAGUCUAUGGGGAUCGUUGCUAAAACAUGAUUUGUUAGCUUUUUCCGUUACGCAUAAAUGAAAGAGCAAGAGAGUGUGAAAGAACCCCAGAUUCAGAAGUUGGGGGGCUUGGGGGCAGUACAUGGAGCGACUGCUGUGUAUUUUAACUGCACAGUUUUUGGGUCUGCCACUGUUGAACAGCGGGUGAGGGAAGCCUCUGGUGAAACUACAGUGGUGUCCCCCUCUGCAGGUUUAUUUCAGAGCACGUCUAAUAUUCCCGAGUCUUCCUUCUUGACCUUAUACUCUGAGCUGUCACUGUAAAUGGUAUAUAAAACUUCUGUGCAUUUUUCUGUACAGACCUGCUAAUGUGCGCAACAAAUCCAUAUCUUUGUGGUGUUUUUCUGUUUGUUUGUUUUUACAAUAAGCAGCAGUCAAGAAAGAUAAUGUGAAAAAGGAAGUUUAGCGGUAGGGAAGAAAUGAAUGUCCGGCAUUCGAAGAACUCCAGGAAAAUGAUGAACACUUUUAUUAUACUUGAGAACAUUUUCUUGACAUGUAAAUGAGGUAGGUCUGAGCUUUGAAAAAGUGAACAGUAGUACAAUCCGUUUCCUCGCUGAUCACCGACAGGAAUGAGGCAGUGGGAUCCUGGGGAGGCCGGCGUCGUGGAGCCCUGGAACCCACUCCUGCUGGUCCUGGGGAAUCCGCGACCCUUGGACGUGCCCUGGGGACUGCUACACCAGGGAAUUAGGAAAAGGUGGUGUUCCAAGUCAUUGGCUGAACUGGUAGAAAACCGCCCUUAAAGGUUGAAAUUUCACGUUAUAAAUAGUGAACAAAAUAAAGGAUCCCACUGAGGAUUUUCUACUGUG